CAGAAGAGAGCUGACGAUGGCUGGAUAUAGAACAAUGAUGGCGUUGCUAUUGACUGUUGGGAUUGUUUUUCAACUGUCAGAGUCACGUGUGACAUGCAGAAAUGAUAAAGGAAACGAGGUGGACUGGUAUAUUCUGUACAAGUUUGGUAACGGUUUGUCCUAUCUGUACAUGGAUGAGAGCACCAAUGGAUGGAAACUCAGCAAUAAUACCAUUGACAGUUCAUCUGGCACUCUGGGAAACACCCUGAAACCUCUUUUGGACUACUACGUCAGAAAGACUGAAGGUUUUGGAUACAUUUUAUAUAAUGAUCAACCAGAAAAAACAGCUAAACCUUCUUCAUCAUAUGGACACAGUAAAGGUGUUGUGAUGUUGGACAGAGAAACAGGAGUCUGGCUCUCACACUCUACACCAAAAUUUCCAACAUAUCAAAGUAAAAGCUUCUGGCCAAAAAGUGGAAACGUUAAUGGUCAGACAUUUUUGUGUGUGACUUACUCCUAUGGUAGAUUUAAAAAAAUAGGAUUGCAGCUCAAGUACAUUCAUCCCAAUGCAUAUGACCAUUUCAUCCCAAAAACCUUUCACUGGGCGCUGCAAGAUCUGAAGACUGGUUUCCCUAGAAAAGAUCACUUUUUUCGUGUGCAAAAUCUGACGUCAUUGGGAGGAAAACAUUUCGUCAGCUUUGCAAAAUACACACGUUUUCAUGAUGAUCUUUAUUCUGGCCUUAUUGUGAAGUGUAUGCCGGAGAGUCUGUACGUGAAAGGCUGGGGAAAGUCUAGCUCAAAUCAGCUGCCGUCUAACUGCAGCACACGCAUCCCGCAUCAUGUGUACAAUGUAAAGAGGGUUAAACUCAACGGAACGGUCUACUAUGAUACUAAAGAUCACUCCAAGUGGUGUGUGGCUCCUAAUACUGGAUGGACCUGCAUUUCUGAUUUGAACAGGCAUGAGAGUCAGAAGAAUAGAGGUGGAGGAGCAAUAUGCUUUCAAAACAUUGCAGUUGCAAAAGCUUUCAAUGCCACUAUCGACGAUAAGGAACCAUGUCCAUCUGUUACUCCACGUUCUGAUCUUUAAACGCACACCACUUUAUGGAAAUAUAUCUGCAAUACCAAGAACUAAGAAACAAGAAUGUUAUCACCAGUGGUGGAAGAAGUAUUCAGAUCUUGUACUCAAGUAAAAGUUGCAACACUAAAUUGUAAAAAUACUCUGGUACAAAUAAAAGUCCCGCAUUCGAAAUCUUAUUUAAGUAAAAGUAGAACAAUUAUUCACAUUAACAUAUAGUUAAAAUAACAAAAGUUAAAAGUAAAGAAAAGUGGUUAAAGGCCAAAGAUUCACGAGGGAAGUCUUAAAACAGGUGUUCUCGGGGUAGAGGAAUGUGAGAAUUUGGUUAGGGAUAUUGCCAAAUAUCUGGAACAAACUACCAGAAACCUGCCGGUCCGCUGCAACUCUCACUACUUUUAAAUCCAGGCUUAAGACUUUUCUUUUUGCCGCUGCUUUUAAUUGAACUACUCACAUCUUACACUGCACUGUAACUUUAUUCAUAUACCUGUGUUAUUCAUGUUUUAUUAUCUUCAAAAAUAUUAAUCUUUUAUUGUUAGUUGAUUUAUAUUUUGUUGUAUCUAAUAUUCUGAAUCUAUAAAGUAACCAACUAAAGGGCCCAAAGGAUGUAGUAAAGUAUAAAGUACAAUAUUGGCUGCUAAAAUGUAGUUAAAGUAUUAAGUAGCAUAACAUUACAAGACUAAUUUUAGAAGGUACAAAUCAAGGUUUUGGUGAAUGUUUAUCCAUGAAAAAAAUGUUAUUCUGUAUUUUGUAUUUUAAUCAAUGAAAAAUACAAAGUUUUUACUUUAAAAAAAAAAUCAUGUCCUAAGAAAUAAUUUCCAUGCAAAUACGAUACAAUAUAUUUUGAUGAAAUUAAUGAAUAAAUCAAUAUUACAUUUCUAACUACAGUA